UUACGCCAUUCCCAACAUGAUACAGAACGAAAACAAUCGUGCCCAGAUGGUAAAGCUGCGAAUGGUUCGCGAGUACAACAUAAAGGUGAUCGACAAGUGGCUGUCCGAGUGUGUGUCGUUUUGUAUGCAGGAAAAUCCGAAAAUUUCCAACGAAGGUUUGUUCCAGUUUGCGUUCAGCCAGUGGUUGUUGGCCGAUUUGAAUGAGAUCGGGCUGGCGGUGCUACCGCCCGGGAUGGACAUGAAGUUGGAACAGCACACGAUGAAUGGAUCUUUCCCCGUUCAGAUGCAGUAUCUGAUUGAUAUUUCUGAACCAGCGUACGAUCAGUGGCGAGAUUUGUACGAUAAAAAGCUGGACGAGGCAGAAGAUGAGGUACAAAGGAGAAAAAAUCAGGCACCAAACGUAAAAAAACGAAGAAUGCUAAAACUCGAACUGACGGACGGAAAGCAAACGGUGCUAGCGAUGGAACACAGCCCGAUCGGUUGCCUGAACACAAAGCUAACACCCGGUGUUAAACUGCUCCUAACCGGACCGAUGCGCUGCGUUAACAAAGUAAUCUUCCUAGAGCCACGAAACGUCCGUGUGCUCGGUGGUGAGGUUGAUGUGCUGCUGAUAACAAAUGCUUACGAAAAUGUGCUGCUGCGUGUGUUGAACAAACCGGCUAACCCCAAUCCGAAGCUGGAUUACGAAGAGACGGAAGUGUCGGAAGCAAGAAACCGUCCAAAUCACAAUGCAAUUCAAUCCAUUCCGAUGGGACGCAAUGGAACACUGGUGGCUGGUCCUCCUUCAGCAAGGAAAGGAAUUCAACGAAAAUCACCCACCAUAGUGGAGGACGAGGUAGAUGAUGAUUCUUUGCUGAUGGGGAUCGAUUUGGAUGUGAUUGAGGCGACGCAACCCAAGCCCGAUCAGGUACCGACCGUUAGCACACUGAUGGAGGACGACGAUAUGGAUGAUCUUGUACAGCUGGCGGAUGUUCGAAGCGAGCCGGAAAUUAUGCACCAUCAGGUAUCGUCAACUAAACAUUCCCAAUCUUCCCCGGGUGGGACGGUUCCGGCGCGUACAAAACCGACAUUUGAUGAUGGACUGUUUGAGGAUGAUAUCGAUAUGAUGAACGAUCUGGAGGAUGAAAUAAGAAACGAGCUACGGGCGUACGAAGAGCAUCAGGAGGAAAUAAAUCCACCAAAAGCAAAGAAACCUCGGCCCUCGGAUGAGUAUCGAGCAGAGCAGCCGUUAGCUGAAACACCUAAAACACCUUCACUAAUGUCCCGAUUACCGACCAUGUCUGGACCAUCCUGUAACGAGCACAAAUCCACCGUCAGAAAGGAACCCAACGAACCGCAACCUUCUACGAGCAAAAAGUUCAAUCAGUUCAACACAUCCGACCUGUUCGAGGAUAGCAUGGACUGUGCGGAGAAUGCUGAUGGGUUCGGCAACGAAUCGAGUGUAUUUAAGAUACUUUCCCCGAACUACAAACACCGAAUCGACGGUACAAAUCUGGUGACAAUCGAGCAAAUUAUGGCCCUGCCCGAAGCGUAUCGUACCGAUGCCAGUUUUGUCGUGUACUGUGAGGUGGAAGGUGUCACCGAACAGCCACGCAUACGGAAAGAGAAAUGGCAUCUCAGCAUUGAGCUAACGGAUCAUUCGAACGUAUUUCUACCGGUACGAUUGCACGAUACCGUAAUCAGCAAACUGGCACGCCAAGAUGCUGGGGCGUUGAUGCGAAUGCGCAAAACCGAUCGGGAGGGUGUGAUGAAGCUGCUCGAAAGGAUUUUAAACGAUUUUAAGGAAUUGCUGCAGGAUAUUAAAUGCUUCUGGCGGGUGGUAUAUCAGCCCGAUGAUCAAGCCGAUUCGCGGGAACCGCCGGUUGUGGUGGAAACGUACGAGAUGAAUGAAGAACGUGGUGCCAUACUGUUGGAUAAGAUUAUCCAGGAAAACUGUAGUCAGCUGAGGAAAAUGUUGUAG